GGCCUACUGGGAGGCCUUGAGGCUGGUCAUCCUUGAGGGUAAGAUGACACAUGAUCUAGACUGUGAGCAGCCAAUAGGCUAACACAUUGGCCUAGAUGUCUUGAAGCCCAAAAGGAUGCCUGAGGGCCUAGAGACCUAGAGGCCAGCUUAGAAGACUCGAGAUCCAGACAGAGGUCUAGAGUCCAACAGGAUGAAUGGCCUAGAGGGCGGCAUACAGGCGUAGAGGAAGGCCAAGAGGACAACCAAGAGGCAUACAUGUCUAGCAGCCUUCAGGCCCAAGGGGAGGCCCAAAUCUUAGAGUCCUAGAGGCAUUCAGGCACAAAGGUAGCCCUGGAGGCCUGUAUGCUGGACACCUAUGGGAGGUGUUGAGCCUUUGAGUGACAAAGGCCAAGAGAACUAGAGGCCAGAACAUGUCAACCAGACUUUGUGGGUUUUCCACUCUGAAUGAGAAUCUGUGAAAUAGAACCUUUAGUUUUGAAUUUCCUCGUCCCUUUAUAGUGAUUCAGCCAUCAAAGUUACUUGAAUUUCAGAUCUGGAUCCAGAGUUCUCUUGAAAAUGGUUGAUAGCAGAACUCAAGAGUUCAGAUGUGAGUGUAACUGGUUUUCAGGAUAUUCAAAAGGAAGGUCUGAAUUUUGAAUAUGAAAAUUAUUUCCAUAAUAAUUAAAUUGAAGGCUUUCUAGGGACUGGUAUGCUAUGCGAUAACUUCCCCUUUCAGCAAAAUGAGCUGUUCCUUCUUAAUCAAGGCAAGUGAGCUGUAUAAAUCUGUAGGCUGAGUGUGGUCUGGUUUCUGGCCACAUGGGGACAGACUGUAUUCGUCAAAUAAGGCACUAAGUCCUAUGUGGAAUGAGUUAAUCAAAGAUGCUCAGUGCCAUACUAUUAUCUGUCUCUGGAAGGUCUAAGGAUAAAAGUUAAUCCUACUCAGUACAAAUCAGAUACAAAAAUAUAUCCACUGAAGUAGCACAGAGGAGAUCAGAAAAAAUACAUGCAUAUAUUUCAGAUGCAGCAUAGGAAAAAAAAAUGUCAUUAUUGUAGUGUUCAUAUUUUUAAAAUGUACUUCAAGUUAGGAGUUUGAAGCAAUGUAUAAAGUAGCAGCUAGAGCCUGCCAGGAGCUUCAGCCCUACAAAAAAAACGUGGAGGAGAAAACUUGAAAGGGAAGGCUUGACAGAGCAAGAACAAACAAUGUGCUGUGAGGCCUCUCAAUCACAUUCAUAGAUUUGGACCACACAGACUUAAUGGCAAUCAGCUAAAACCUUCUGAGUGUAAAGAUUUUCUUUUUCACAUCACAUCUUGCAGACACACUGUUUGCAGGACUGCAUAAUGAGGAACUGUUGGCCUCUACUGCAGGACUGAACGACUGAUGUCCCUGUCACACCACCUGGAUCCUUUGGUCAACACAGUGGGGAUGUUUUGACCUGUAAGUGGUUACCCUGCCAUCACUUAGUUGCAUGCUUCUUGUUCCCAUGUGAAUUACCACUCACAUGGGUCUGUUAGUACUGCCAGGUGACUGGCUUAGCAUCCCACUGCUCCUAAAAGAUCCAUGAACACUUGCUGACAUACCUUUGCCAGGCUUCUUCCAUUUUAUUAAAAAAUACGGUUUCAUUUAACUUCUCACAAAUCAAUGGUUUGUCAGAGAACCACAAAAGCCUGCAAGCCUUUCCAGCUGAUGGUAAAUUUCUGAGCAUAUUCUGCCAUCUUGUGGGUUUAGAAGAACUUUCACUCUAUCUGUGACAUAAAAGUUUUGCUUGUGGACUCUCUGACUACUGAAAAAAUGAAACACUAAGUCUAGUUAUGCACCCUCUUCUGCAGGAAGUCUGGAGGACAUGUGUAAACCUUAAUGGGACUGCUCUAAACCUCUUCUUGUGUGCCUGCAGUUGGACUGGCCUAGUUUGAAUUUGUUAUCUACUCAUUACUGGAGGAAGGUAUCAAAGCACACGGGGGUUUCUCCUGCUUUUGGUCAUGCUAUGGAAUGCCCAGCUAAGCAUAAGCUUGCAGCAGCACUGCCUCUACAUUCAAAGAUUUACCAGAGGUCCAGUAAGGAAGUACAAGGUUGGAAGCCAAGGACUCAGCAUGCAACCCCUGCUAACCCCAUUUAACCCCAUCUAACCCCACCUAUGGCCUUGUGGGUGGCCUCAGACAAGGCUCUGUUGAAAGAGAAAAAAGCCAGUAAUUUCUGAUUGAUAAUCUCAUGUCUAUCCUUUCUUAAAGUGCCAAACUCUACAUGGAUUUGCUCUGUGUAAAUGAAGCAAAAGCAACCGCUGGAACAUUAACUGCCCUGUCCCACAGAGCUGGCUGGUUGUGCAAUAGUUAAAGCACGGCAAACCUGGCUGAAACAGUGGGAGACUGGAAAGAGUCACCGUGACUUGAUGUCAUUCCUGACUGAGUGGCAACAAUACCUUCAAGAAGACGUACUUAUUUUCACACCCAUGCAUACCAUCAGCCUUAUUGGUUUUUGGGGGGCAGGUGAUUUUUUGGGUCUUUUUAGGUAACGUCAGCUGAAGGCAGUGUAAGAGUUCACUUCCUUCAGGCUACUUCACUUAAGAUCUUCUGCAGAUUUUGUGUCAUUGAUUCUACAACAUGGAAGAUCUCCUUUCAGCUAUUCAGUUUGUUUUUAGAUUUGCUCAGUUUAAAAACACAGUAAAAGAGGAAGAUUUCCUGAGGACAUUUGUGUGUGAUAAUACACAACAGUAAGACUGUCACAUCUUUAGUGUCAGGACUCUUUUCAAGUGGAUUUCAUUGGUGCUCUCCGACAGUGGGGAAGCCAUGUGGUCUUUCCUGCCAUUCCAGAAUUUAGAAGGGAGUAUUUUGGUGAGCAUAAGUUUAUCCACUUAUUCCCCUAUUUAUUACUUUCCUUCCUUGUUGUUUCCAGACCUAAUGCCCUUCCUCUGUUUCCUAAUAUCUCCAUUCUCUCUGUGUCCUCAAGUACUGAACAUUCAGAAAACUGUGUUCCAUCAUGUCCACAUAUCCCUUUGGGUACACAGUUAACAUGGCGCAUCAGGUGUCUGAGCCUCCUGAAUCAGAGCUCAGCUGCAAGAAAAACUCCAUGUACUGCCCAGGGCAGCUGUUCCCUCCAGACUGAGCAGCCCCAUACAUAGUCCCUGGGCCUUUCCCUCAGCCGUGGAAGCCUGAGGUCAAAGGAGUAGCUGAUGCCCAUCCCCACUAGCUCUCAGCCUGGCCACCACCUCUGUGCCAAGCCCUGCACCCCUCCCUGCUACGGCUCUGCUGGUUGAAACCCAGAUUUUUUUGCUGCUGUCAUGUCAGCUUCUUCCUGGUCCUUCAAGAAUCCCCAGGGGAAUGCAGCUCCUUUCAGUCUUUCAAGGCUCCUACUUGGCAGGCGGUUGGACUGGGCCAGCUCUUCCCAGUAAGCUGCCCCAGGUACAGGUUGUGUUGUGAGGGCAGUGCCCCAGUUUCACCCCUGGGUGUGUGCUGGGGCCAGCGUUGCACAUUCAUAUAUAUUUAUGUCUAUAAAUAUCUGAAGGGAGGGUGCAGGCAGAGCCAGGCUCUUUUCAGAGGUGCCCAGUACAAGGACAAGAAGCUAUGAGCACAAACUGGAACACGGAGGAGCCCCCUGGCCAUCAGGCAGCACUUCUGGGCUGUGCACUGAUGGAGCACUGCCAAUCGUUAUUGCACUCAUUGCCCCAAAUCUGUGUCCUGUAGUUCAGGACAGGCAUUUACUCCAUCCCUGAUGAGCUCUCGCCAUUCCCACCUGACUGCCAAUGCGCUAAAAAAGCAACCAGAGUAUCAAGUUGCUCAAGUUGUACAUAGAAGAGCAAUAAAGCUGGUGAAGGGACUGGAAGACAAGGCAUUUGAGGAGCGGCUAGGCGAACUGCAGUUGUUGAGUCUGGAGGAGACCCUAUCACUCCCUCUAAGUUCUGGAAAGGAUGCUGCAGUGUGGAGGAUGUCAGUCUCUUUUCACAGGUGGUAAGUGAUAGGAUGUGAGGCAAUGGCCUCAAGUUGUGCCAGGGAAGGUGUAGACUGGAUAUCAGUUAGAUUUUCAACAUGGAGAACUGGAAAAGGUUGCCAAGGCAGGUGGUGUCCCUGGAGGUAUUAAGAGAUGUAUGGAUGAGGCCCCCUGAGGGACAUGGUUUGAUGAUGAGACUCUGUAGGUCAAGGUGACAGUUGGACUUGAUGAUCGUGAAGCCUCCUUCUAGAUCAUCAUGAUCUAGACCUAGAUCAUUCUACGAUUCCAAAGAUCUGCAACCAACUCACAGAUACCAUAAUUACACCUCCUGCAGCCUCACCACCAUGCUCAGGGCUGCUCAGUACACCUGUCCUGCCCCAGAGCUAAGCAGCAGCAGUUGCUGCUGUCACAGAGAACAAAGCGCAGACAACUGAAUGUCUCCCACUGCCACUGCAAGCAGGCUGGUUAGGGCUGCUUGGGCCAGAACCGACAGCAUGUUAUCAGAGGCAAGCAGUCCUACCUCCUGCUCUAGACCCCACACGAAAGCUUUGUGGCUGGCAGCAGCUGCCACAGUAUGAGCACCAUUCACAGGCUGACACGGACAUUUCUUCUGCAGGUUGCUGGUUUGUGGCAGCGGAUGGCCACAAUGGUCACAUUGUUCCUUUCCAUUUAUUGAUAUUUUACAUCUUUGGCCUCCAACGCUGUGAUUUUGCUGGGCAUGAGUUGAGUGUGGUAAUUAGAAUCAAACACUCCAUAUAAAGGGAAGAGGAAAUGACUCACUCCCAUGAACUCCAGGCUAAAAAAGUAGAACAGAGGAAGCCAAAUGGUUUGGUAAAUCUCAUUAUUUUAGUCCUUUUUCAUUACUUUGGCCUAUCCAGUAUCCUGAGAUGACUAAGAUGGUGGCCCUACAACUGCCCCUAACCAUCCCAGGAUGCAUGGCCCCUCUAUGGGACAUCUCCCAGCCCUGAGCUGGUAGCUAGUACUCCUUGACUUGCUCUGCCACCUGCCAUUGUGCUGUCUGUGGCCAGCUCAUGUGGGUGGGGGACAAGCUGAAGUGCUGUGCAAACAGAGGGGAUGAGAGAUGCUGCCCAGCACAAUGGGCACAGAUCAUCCUUGUUGGCCUUGGAUGUAAACCAGCGCCACCCACCACCACCCAAGGACAUGCCCUGUGUGGUGUGUCCCUGCUUGUGACAGAAACGCCCCAGGGCUGCCCACAACUCUUGAAAACCUCCUGUGGGUCCCCACCAGUCACACAGUUAUACCUGGUCACAGGCUCUGGCCACAUCUGUGGCACUCACAGCUGUCUUUGCCUGCCAGUAGGAAGGAGGGAGGGAAGAGGAGGAAGGAGGGGAGGGAAGGAGGAAGAGAGAGAGGGAGGAAAGGAGGCUGUAUUUGGCAGCUGCCCCCAGAGAGGCCAACCGUCACUGCGGGAGAGCUUCGCAAUGUCCUCAGCAACUUCCAGCACCUCUUUACCCAGCGGCCUGGCCGUCUUCACAACUUUUCCAGAUGUUCUCUUCAUCCCCGAAAUGAUCUUUGGGGGCCUUGUCUGGAUCCUCAUUGCCUCAUCGAGAGUCCUAGCACCUAAUCUGCAAGGCUGGGUGAUGUUUGUCUCUGUGUUCUGCUUUGUCUUGACCACCGCACUCCUGUUCCUCUACAUGUGCGGGGUGCAUGGGGACAGCAGCUCCUGGGUCACCCUGGAUGUCGUCUGCCAGCAGACAGCAGCCCUGUUCUACCUCAGUGCUGCUGUGAUGGAACCCAUUGCUACCUCUAUCCUACGUGGGAUUCUGACUAUUUACCAGGAGAAUAUUUCUGCCUCGGUAUUUGCAUUCAUAGCUACUCUGUUGUACGUGAUCCAUGUUAUAUACUCUCUCCGCCGAUGGAAAUCAUCCUAAUGAUCUGUCCUUCCAUGUUGUGUCUUGUGGUCACCCCACAAACACAGAAGUUGUCCAACGACUGCAGUUUCCAGGCUGGGAUUAGGGUUUGUUUUUUAAUGUAUAUACUAUAAACAAGCAGCUUUUUUAUGUGGAACCAUGGCAACAAAGACCAAGAGCCUGUCAGCUGGCAUGAUCUAUUUUUCUUCAGUCUCUUGGUUGGGUACUGCUUGAUGAUGGUAACUGGGGCCUCGGCAGAAAACCCAGCUUAAAUUAGAACAAUGCAGCUGGAUUCAAAAUGUCAAAAUCUCCCUGAACCCUUAUGCACCCUUAUGCCUCCACAGUUGUAACUGCUGUCAGAGGAAGCAUGAACAACAGGUGCUAAACAGCAUGAGCAUGAAACUUGGUCAUUUUGGUUGACAUGCACCUGUGUAAGCCUCUUUGCCUUCCUCACCUGCUGUGCCAAAAGAAUUUUCCAUGCCAUUUCUGGAAAUGCCACUUGUGACUUGUGAGGAGGAGCAGAGGCAAUAGUUAACUUGCCUCCGGGACAAUGAGUUCCCUGCAACACCUGAAGGGUACUGCUGAAUAAUAAGGCACAACUAUAACCCCAGGAAUUACUGCUGCCGUGAAUUUCCCCAUGAAACAAAACUAAGAAAAUGUGCCGUAGAUACUACAGAAGAAUUAUAUGGAUAAUUAGAAUAAUGUCUCAGAUAAGCAGAAGCAAUCAGUUCUCGUCUUCGGCACGUGACUGUUCUCACAUAUACUGGCACUGUCUCACUAAUAAAGAUGGAUUUCCUGUGAUUUUGCAACCAAA